GUGCACUGUGAAAAGUCUGGGGGGGAGGUAAAAAAUGUCUGGUCGUGUUCUGCGGAUGGAAGAAUGAAGCACCCGGGAACUUUUUUCAGAUCUGGAAGAGUCGUACCCCUGUGAUUGUGAGCAUUCAUGUGGGGUUCAGGGAGGCUUGGUUGCGAGACAAGACCAAUCAUUUGUCCUGAUUCCCUGGGCUGAGAGGAGGCAAACAGAGGGGGACGGGACGAGCAAACCCCUCUAUCAAGACCUGAUCUAUUUCCCCAAACAAUUUAGUGUAUUCAUGAGGUUACGCAAAUGUGGAGGCAGCGAAAUUACCGUAAUCAAUUGAAACAGCAAGUGCGCUUCCAUGGCUCUGAUUAUGUGAAGAUCAUCUAUCAGCCUGAUGUCUAUGUAACGAAGAAAGGGGGGCACUGAAUUACUGUUGAGUUUAACUGAGAAGUCCUUGAUCAUUGGGCAAAGGGAGUUUGGUCAGUGAUAAUAGGGCUCCUUGGUCUGCCGACGGAAGUAUUUCUCCAAACAUUAGAUAGCUGACUCCGUCCUGCUGAAAGGUGCUGUUUUGAAACUAAAACCCACACUGUCCAGACGAUCUGGUGUGCCGUGCUCUCCGUGAUAUCCUUUUUUUUCACUUGACAAAGGAAAAAAAAGGUUAACCGCAGGUCCUGAGGAUAAACUGAGGAUGGAGGUCAGGUACAACCAAGAGACGGACGGGAUGGUGCUGAAGAAUGGACUAAAGGAGGGGAAGGAUGGCAAGGACUCCCAGGGAAGCUUGUCCAAAAGCUUCCUCAAGGAGCAGCAGGACUCCUUUUCCCCCUCUGGGACUCUGGACAACUGCGAGAAGAACAGAGGGAGCACAGGGGACCCAGACUACUGCCGGAGAAUCCUAGUCCGAGAUGCUAAAGGCUCCAUCCGAGAGAUUAUUCUGCCGAAGGGUUUGGAUUUGGACCGGCCCAAAAGAACCCGCACCUCCUUUACUGCAGAGCAGCUCUACCGGUUAGAGAUGGAGUUCCAGAGGUGCCAGUACGUGGUUGGGAGGGAACGGACUGAACUGGCCCGCCAGCUCAAUCUGUCUGAAACUCAGGUGAAGGUCUGGUUCCAGAACCGGCGCACUAAGCAGAAGAAGGACCAAGGGAAGGACUCUGAGCUGCGUUCAGUGGUUUCAGAAACAGCAGCAACCUGCAGCGUCCUAAGACUGCUGGAGCAGGGGCGGCUGCUGACACCUCCGGGCCUGCCAGGCCUUCUACCCCACUGCAGCAGUGGCACUCUGGGCUCUGCCCUGCGCCCUCCCUCCAUGGCCAUGGCCAGUAAUGGCAGCAAUAACAGCAACAGCAGUGGUGGAGGCAGCACUGGCACGGCAGGCGGCAGCCCUCCUCUACCCACUGUCACCAGCUCAGGGACAGUGGCGGGCCUGCAGAGCUCAUCAGCAGCACACAGCCUCUUCAGUUUCCCAAUGCCCUCCUUACUCAGUGGCGUCGCCACCCGCAUUUCCUCCAAUCCCCUGUCAAUGGCUGGAUCGCUGGCUGGAAACCUGCAGGAACUUUCCGCCCGCUACCUGAGCUCUUCUGCUUUUGAGCCUUAUUCGCGGACCAAUGGCAAAGAAUCGAUGGACAAGAAAAUUCUGGAAUGAUGCUUUGUGGAUUCCUGUUUCCUCUGGACAUGUUUUGGUUGUUUCCUUGGCUUUCAUUGUCUGUGUUUGGUUUUGCUCAGUCUCUAUCAUCUGUCUGUGUCAAGUUCUGUAGCAGUUCAUGUAUUCCAUCUAACAAGGACAGGGUGGCAAUGGGGGGAUUUUGCACAAAAUAGUCAUAUGGUACCAAAAAGGUACAGGAAUUUAGAAAGGCACACAUUUGAGGUGAUCAAUGAGGGAUCUUUCAGGUUUCUGAUUAUUAAAUUGCUACAUCUAUUCAUUGGUCAAAAAUAAUAAUUUAGACAGCAUCUGCUUAAUGCCACCAUCACUCCAAAAGGGGAAGUGGCACUUGGUUUACAGCAAGAGAUACAUGAUUGGUGACAGAAAAAGUGUUAAGUGAUGGUACCUUAUUGAAUUUAGUUUCAUUAUUUGAUUGUGUUGGUCAGUUGCAUGUCACUGCAGUGAGUACAUAAAGAGAAAGAGCAGCAGUUUGUGAUAUCCAUUCAGCAAAUCAGAAUGUUUACAAUUUUAAAUGCAGCAUUAUGAGGGAACAAGCGGAGAAUUGGGAAAGUAGUUCCUGUGUUUGAAGGUCACUGCAAGCCCAGUGUCAGCGAGAAACCCAGUGCAUUAGACAUGCAAAUACAAUUUGCUUAUGCAGAUGCCUUGCGAAAAUUGAUUUUACAAAAAAGAUCAUUCGUAGAUCGGUUUGUAUUAAGUUUGGACCAGACCAAAACAUAAUCCAGAAAAGGUGUUGUCAUACACGAUGAUGGUUCAAUUGUUCAGUGUUGUUUUCUCUGUGGUUUGGUGAGGAUUUUUAACAUUUUUCAACAACAAUCUUCACUUUGUGGCAAUUUCUUUGUCAAGCUGCGGUACCUGACAUUGUUUUUCCCUGUCUGUGAUUUUAAUACCACUGGAGGUUCUCAGAGUUUCGGUGUACAGUUUUGAUUCCAUGUGGAAGCUAUUUCCAGGAAUGAGUUGCUGAAAGGGGAAGUCCUAAAAAGGGCUUUUCAGCAUCAGUAGCCUGCUUGCUUUGUUGAACACUACAAGGUUUUUCCUUCAUUGAGGCUAUAGUAACAUUUCCUCUCUGUGUGAAAUUUUCAGAAUUCACAGCUUUCAUAAGAAGAUUAAGGCAGACUGAUGCAUGUGAAGACUGAGUGGAAUUAUUGUAGUAUAAAAAGUACUGAAAAUGAGAAAAGUACCUUAAAAUUGUUAUUUUAUUGUAAAUUAUUCAAUUCUGUAAUUAAUAGAUUAUUAGUAUCUGGAAAAUAAUGAAUGAAUGUAUUUGCAGGGUUGAGGAAUCAAUCAAAAGCUCUUUGGUGCUGUCUUUGUGAAAUAUCUUGAAAUUUGUGAAACGUGUGGUACAAAUGUGCAUAUAUAUUAUGUAUAUGGAUACAGACAA